CAAAAAGCCAACCUCGCUCGCAUCCGAGACAACCAGAGAAGAUCUCGUGCUCGGAGGAGAGAGUACAUCGCGGAGCUCGAGCAGCGCCUAAGAGCGUAUGAACUGUCUGGUGUCGAAGCAAGCUCCGAGGUACAGCUCGCUGCCCGACGAGUGGCUGAAGAGAACAGACAGCUCCGGGAACUACUUCACAAGCACGGCUUUCAAGAUGAAUACGUCUCCUCCUUUCUCCUUCAGCAGGCGGGGACCUCUUCUUCAACAGAUCCAGUCCAGGCGCUGCAGCAGAUCAUCACUCCUCGAAGGCCCGUGGCGCUGGACUCGAGCGUGCCGUUUGCCAUGCCGAGCCAGGUGACGAGAGAGAUGGCAUCGGGAAGCUUAUCGGCGGCCAGCGCGGCCCCUUGGGAUCCUCAGCAGGUCGCAAUGUCGCCGUUUGGGCAUCCUCACGUUGCAGCUCAGCAGCCGGUAGUACCGCCAGCGCAGCAUCCUUAUACCUCGCCAGUAUUCACCGAGGGGCCAGCGCCCUCCCUGAGAUCGUCAUCCUAUCAGCAGAUGAAUCCUUCGACAUCGUUACUCGACGACGUCUCCCAGCACAGCGGAAAUACCCAGCCAGCCGUCGGAGAAAAUCCCGCACCGAUGAACUACAUCCACAUGAAUCCAUACCAGAACCCUUCAGCCCGUGACUUUCCCCCUGGCCCUCCCCCCCCGCCGCCUCCUCCUGGCGGUGGCUACUAUUGA